AUGCCCAAGUACUUCCCUCGUGAACACGAACUCACGAAAUGGCUGAUAAAUCAAAUGCGACGACGUCAUGGAUUGCACCACCUCGUUAAUUUUGCUAAUUCACAGCCCUUUAUUUUGUCUGCCAAUUUUGAGAUUUUGGAUCAACCGGAUCAGUAUCUUGAUGCCAAAAAUGGAUCGAUGACACCUGCCUAUUCGAACAAAACUGUUCUCUACUUGACGCCCUUGGCGAUUGCUGUCUACUUGGGUUACCGCUCUGUCAUGCAGCUGCUUUUAGAUGACUCGGGCACCCGGCUGAGUUCUCGUGCCCGCCAGAAUGUCGACGUGAAUGCCAUUUGCUACGCCAAACGAACAAAACCACGAACCGGAGUGUUCGGUUCUGACGACUACUUCACUACCAGCGUCCCCAUUCUGGCCAUUCGUCGAGAAUUCUACGCCGGCCUUGAGCUCCUAAUAGACGCCAACUUUCAUCCGCAGGUUAGACUCGCCUACACAGAACACAUUGGCACCAGUGAACAAAUCACCCACGAUCUCAUUGAUGCCCUAGAGUAUGCUCUGAAGCUGCUCAUCACGCGACCGGGCCUAGAUAUAGCACGCGUGCUUCAGGUCUUCUCUUACUCACGUGACGCCUACGACAUUAUGGCUUACGAUGUUUAUACGGCGCAAUGUGGAAUGGAGAAACAGGAGAUUUGGCACUCCCUGUUCCGCCGGUUCUGUCGAAAGGGUGUCAGUGCCGCCUACUCGAACUGCGGCAUGCGUAUAAUCAGUGUGCUGCAGGUGAUUGAGAGUAAUGGCUUCUUUCGUCAAGAACACAUGCCCCGAGGUCCCCUCACCUACGACAUUGAUGCCCAACGCGCGAAGGUGAGGAAGAACCAACCCACUCGGCGCGUGUUCACAAAGGACAUUUACGCCCUACAGGCAGAGGAAGAGGAGGCGGCAGUAGCCGCGAAGUUGGCAAUGGCUGCGGAUCGUGACGCCUGUUUGGCUCUUCUCACCUUUUGGUUGAAUCGUAUGCGGAACCGAUGCAUGGCGAAGCAGGCCCAACGACUGACAACCCUUCUGCUCUCUGCUCUCCGGGACACGGACAUGCUCGAGUACUUCCUCUUCCCGCCACAAGACGUGGAUGUUCAAAAUGUUCUCUGGCCUCCCUUCCUAGAACUUGAAGUGAAUACAGCUCAGGCUGUGAGUACGCAUUGGACCAGCUGUGCUGAAGAGAUCAACACCUUCACGGAGGACCUGCUGUCACCCACGCCAGCGUUAGAUCCUAUUCAGAUGCAUGAACUACGCCAAGAUCUCGCUGAGCUGGCAUUUCCCGCUGGUCAGAUAAGGGUUGACGCUAUGCUGCCAAAACCCUUUACUGAUGGCAGAUCCGGAGACAGCGGAGAUGUGGAGGAGAUCGCGGAGACCUUAAGUAAGGUCAUGCACCGAGAGGAACCAGCGGCGAUGAGUGAAACUAAAGUCUCCGGCAUGACAGCCAGACGUUCGUCUGCAGCCCUGCCGAAAAAAUACCCAAUCACGCGACUCUACCCCUCCACACCACGGCGGACUGAGAACUGUUCGAAUGCCUACCUUGGAGGUCGAGGUGUCGACAGCCAGAAUGCCAAUCAAAAUCACUGUAAUGUGUGGUCCGACAAGCUGGUGACACUUUCACCAGCUAAAAAGGCCGAACAGUGCUGCACCGCCCUGGAUCAAGGAGAUGGUGAGUUGGAGAACGAUCAGGUGUGCGAGGCUCCGAUUGAAAUCUCCGAGCAUCCGGAGGAACAUCACCAGUAUGAUCAUCAGCAGCAGUUGCACCAUGAGGUGAGACGACAGGUUAUUUCGGACACCCGAAAACGCCAACCGUCUCGGCAGAGCGGACGGCCGGCAACGGUGCGGACAAGCUCAACAGCCAGGUUAUCGACUAGCGUCCGUAGUCCUAGCGGCACCGUGCGGCGACAGUCGGCUCAUCAGAAGUACUACCAGUGAGAAAACACUCAUUUUGGAAAUGUAGGGUAACUACAAGCCUGUAAAUAGGGCACACGCCCAGCUUAAUGAAAGAGUCAGCGUCCAGAUGGGAUUCAACAGGUUGGAUCACACGAGGGAGAGAUGGAUGCUCCCCACCCCUGCUGCGCGCCUGUGUGCGCGUGCGGAAAUGAGACAUUAAAUGGUUCUUAUCAAGAUCAGUCGCUGAUGAUUCUCUUCUUUGGAUAAAUCUCGCAGCUCAAGUGGUUAGAGCGUUGGCUGUACUAAAGCCCUCCCCUUACUGCGCGGGUUCGAAUCCCACUGAGGCGCCGAGUUUUUCUCAGUUGGGUCAAUAUGAAUUAUUCAAAAUCUGCGAAAGCAUCUAUGAAUUGCGUAAGCCUGGUAAUCAUCUGGUGGAUUCUAAGGGAAUUACUUAGGAAAUCCUGCCUGGACAGUCAACUUACUGUAUCAAAUUUGGUGGAUUCCAGACGCUGCAGUAGGUUGGGCGGGUAACUUGACCCAAAUGUGAUUAAACUCGCGUCGUCCGGCGGGGCCUCGUAGCUCAGGUGGUUAGGGCGUUGGCUGUACAAAAGCCUUCCCCUUACUGCGUGGGUUCGAAUCCCACCGAGACGCCGAGUUUUUCACAGUUGGGUCAAUAUGAAAUCUAACAGAGCUCGAAGUGGCUCUCAUGCAUGGUUGCAGGGCUUGUGACAUAAAGUAGUUGCGUCAGGUCGUUUUCCUCCUUCGAACACUGAAGUAUAUAUGGUGCUUUACCGGUCCACGCUGUUCGGUCUUCCUCAGGGUCGCUUUUGCUUCCAGGACCGCCUUACCGUUGUUUGACCUCUCAAGUCUGUAUUCUGUGAAAAAGAGGACUAGUAGUUUGUCAAAACUAUAAGCGUGAGUCUAUGUGAUCCACUUACAGUGAGUGAAAUGUUGGCUGAAAUUCUGAAAUGCGUUUUCGACUAGGAAGGAUUACUUGGUCGCGGUUGUGAUACUGAUUAUUGUAAAGCAUUCUCUUAUAACAUUUCGGACUCGGCAGGAUGUCGGCUUUUAAAUGCAUUUCUUUUCAAUCUCCUGUAGAAAGCGUGCUCGCUAAAAAAUGACUAUUUAAGUAGCAUGCAUUUUCACCAUUGAUUUUUGAUGGUCAUGGAAAUUCGAAUAUAUUAUAUAGAACCCAUAAAUAAAAACAUGCUUUCUUUUAGCCAAUCAAUAGAGAAUCACGUCUUCUUUUUAUUUUAUACUUAGAGAAGAAGUAGAAUUAGGUUUUAAAAAAGUUUCUAAUUAUGAGACUUUUUAAGACCGCGAAAUGUACAUUCACCUGGCCGUUUACCACUGCUCCUCAUGAAAUGUACAACAUGGUCCGCAUGCAUUGCAAAAUUUUAUGAACUCUGUAUGAUAUCUCUUUAAUGGCAUAGAAAAAUAUGUGAUUUUCUUUACGCGGAACGCAUGCACCUUGUAGAGUGAAAUCACUAAGCGCUAAUGCAACGAAUGAUCAGGCUCCAAAUUAUUCGGCAAUUCGAAAACUUUUUUAAAACCUAAUUAUACUCCUUCCCUAAGUAUAAAAUAUAAUGAAGACGUGAUUUUCUAUUGAUUGACUAAAAGAAAGCAUAUUUUGUUUAUGGUUUCUAUAAAAUAUAUUUGAAUUCCCAAGACCAUCGAAAAUCAAUGGGAAAAAUGCAUGCUACUUAAGUAGUCAUUUUUUUCCGAGCACGCUUUCUACAAGAGAUUGAAAAGAAGUGCAUUUAAAAGCCGACAUCCUGCCAAGUUCGAAAUGUUAUAAGAGUAUGCCACAAGAUAAGCAGUAUUACAACCGCGACCAAGUAACCCUUCCUACUCGAAAACGCAUUUCAGAAUUUCAGUUAACAUUUCAUGAGAUAGAUCACUCACUGUAGCAGCAAGAAAGUUCGUCGACGUAGGUUUCUCAAACAUGCACGCCGAUGCAGGCAUCGUGACAGAAUCCUGACCCAGGCCAAUAUGAAUGUACAUCCACGGUGGAAGGGAAGGUUGUGGCAAGGUUACACUCAACAGUUUAGUUGUCGCGAACUAUCAGGACCACGACUGUCCGUGAACUUGUUCAUAACCAAACAAACUGGCCCUCCAUGCAACACGCCGCCCUCCUCCCGUACCUAUCAUGUUUCAAUAGCAAAGUCGAUUCAAGAUGGAGGUGGGUGUGCGCUCAACGACUGACGAGGCCAAAUCGUCAUCGACACACGGGUUUGAACUGAGGUAUUUCAGUCUUUUUCCGAUGGUUGGAGCCGUAGGGAGGUCCCAGGUCACUACGACUAUCAGGUCCAGUUUCGAUUAGGAAAAGAAGAAGUGGGAUGCCAGUUGGGAGGAUGCUGGCAUUGGUCGAGAACCAGACUUCAAGUAGUCGCAAGAGGCUCAGAGUUGCAACAUGUGCUCGGCGUAGGACCGGCUUAUCACGUUAGUUGACAGACCACAAAGCCACGGACUUUAGAGUGUCAUAAUAGUAACCGGUUCGAAUCAAUAAAACUGAGGAUGAGGCUAGGGAGGGUGGCUAGAAUUGCAUGAAGCCACUGGCUUACCUGUGGCGUCACUGUGCGCUCCUUAAGCGGAACUUACUAGAGCCUUGCCCUCAGUCAGGAGGAGAGAAUUUUGAGUCCAACGAAUGACGCGAUAUAAUAGAAGACGUUGUUGUGGAUGUUCACUAUCAAUGAAGUGACCCUCCAUGCCGGCCAUAUGUCCCUACAACGGGUCACACAUGAGAUGUGCCGCUCGAGUACGAGGGCAAGACUAGGGCACGGUAAGCGUUAACUGGCUGUACAGUAGGCGCAUUUUACAAGAAAUGCCGCGCAUGGGAAUGUGUUAGCACGCCUAGGCGCGGGUUCGCGCCGCGCCCGAUGCCGAAAUCAGGUGACCGACAAGUCGGACAAUGGACUCGUGCAUGAGGGAGGGAUGAGUAAAGUCGACAUUACGGAAUCCGAGCCCAAGGCAGAUCAGCCCAUUCCACCCUCUUAACAAUCUGGCGUGGUCCUAAACUUUGAAGAAGAAGAAGAAGAAGAAGAAGAAGAAGAAGGUGGGCUCACCGGAACAGGUUUAUUAGGAUGCUGACGUUUCGAAGAGCUUGGUCGGCUCUCCAUUGUCAAAGCGUAAAAUGCACUCAAUCCACCAGAGAUACCCUAAACUAUUGCGACGCGCUGUAAUUCAUGCCUUGAAAAGCCGCCAACUGAGUGGAUAACUGAGUCCUCUCUCGCGGCCUGCACCACCCAGGUGGGAUCCGAGUCCUUAUUAUCAUAAAACCCGAUAUACUGCACGGGGUAGUUCGCGUGUGGCACGCGUUGGCAGGGUGCCUAACCUUUUCAGUCAUUGUGUCUCCGAGCCCACCUCCGGUCGUCUUGGCCCUCUCUUGCCACCGAAGCAGGUGGGUAGGUGGGGGAGGAGUGAGAAAGGUGCUGCGCAAGUCUACUCUCACUACAGACUAGGUCACGCGCAAGUCACCGGCAGUGAGCUUACUCUGUGAGGCGAGCGGCGGGCACUGUCGUUCGAGACUGCCGAAUUGACCAUACCUGCGCUCACUGUGUCAUCGGGUCUGGUGUCCCCGUAGUUCUUUGCUAGACACUUUUCCACCCGACGGCAGUUCGACCAUCGAUUUCGAUGAUGUCCAUCGUGUGCCCCACAGACUGCAUUGUGGAGCAGGGACGGUGACUUACGCAGGGGUUUAUAAUGCCAAUAGACUUGCGUAGCAUCUACCUACACUCUCUCCUCCUCCCCCGCCUGAGCCCGGCGUCAAGACCAAGUCAAGAAGACCGGAGACGAGGGAGGCCGCAGGUGGAUGGCUCGGACGGAUCCUCGCCUUGGCGCUCCACUCCGCACCCCCUGGUCCACGCACAAAUGACCAGGAUUUUGACCACAAAACAAUGGGGUGAUGGCAGUGGUUCAGUUUUGCGACGAAUGCCGACAACAGGGUUCGUCAGCGCACCCCGCAAAUGUUGGCAUUUGUUAUUGCGCACAGAUAACGCCUGCCAGAGUCCGAUGUGGCCCCCGUGUUGGUCCAGCGCAUCUAACACGUGACCCGUUUGGAGGGCACACUUUUCCAUCCACCACAAUAGAGAAACCGCUAAGACUUGAUAGGAAGCCGUAAGCGCUGCAGACUGCGUACCCGUUGGUUAACACUGCUAUAGCACAUUCACAUCGGUUAGCGACCUAUCGCUUUACUACUGGGAAACCAGUAUCUGGAGCCGCGGCUAACAUCCGUAAAGCUCGUUUUACUUGCCAAAGCUGCCUCCAGGCGGUAAUUUAGCAAUAAGAUCAAGCGUCACUCAUUAUAAAAUACUAGCGUGAAGUUUGUCGAUCCCGGUACUGGGGGGCAACUACCAUUUGUAUGCUCGCUUGUGGCAAGUUAAAGUCGGAGGCUUGCAUCAUGUCAUUGCCAGCCAGAUGACGGCCUCUAUUUAGCCCCUAUUUCACGGUUUAGAGAACACAGAGUGGCACUGGUACUACGGUACAUUCUCCUCCUACAAGUGCCUCUCACUGUUUGUUAAAAUGGGCCUGGAGCUUUUGAGGCUGUUGUGAAGACCUGAAAGUCUUGGCUUGGAACGUUGCCGACUGACAGACUAAUUAGGUCCUCCCUUUGAAUGAGGAUCACACCACAAUGACCGCUUUUUUAAUGCGGUCUUUGUAGCACAUCUCACGUCUGUGAGGUCGGAGCAUCGUGCGUGGCACAAAUUAAGCGGCUGCUUAGCGUCAUAUCUGACAUUUAGCUUAGUUUCAUUGAAAGCCGAUUUAUCUUGGACAAACUACUAAUGCACGGUAGUCGAAAAAAUGUGUAUGACUACGAUCCUGCUCGGAUCAGGCGCAUAGUUUGCUCAUUGUGAAAUGCAAACACGUUUUCUAUCUAACAAGACGCAAUAGAGCUCGGGUCUGAAAAGAUUGCCAACUGAUGACAUAACUCCGAUCUCAUUCGAAACAGAGAGCAGACUGCAAUCGUCUCUUAAUGAAACUUUUAUGUGCAGGAUGCAUUUUGGAGGAGGGGAGAACUGAUCGCUGUCAUGCUGGUCGGUGAUUCCCCCCCCCUUCUUGUCGUCGGGGCGCUCUGCUGGAAUGAUAACGAUAACUGACCUCGUCUGCAUUGUCCGCGUUUUUGUCCCAAACCCUCAUAUCUCGCUCAGAUCCCCCGUUUGUGCCUGCCCAUGCGCGUCUCGUCGGUGAGAUAAAUAAAACGGAGACCAGAAUGACCAUUUCGGGCUAAUUAGCCGUCGUAUCCAAUCUUGAGGGUGAACCACUUGGGAAUCUUUGUCAGUACUCCAUUGUCGUCAAGUGACUGUCUCCUGGGCCUCUAGAGAGAGCCCCAAGGCACAACUGGAUGAGCAUGUCCCGUAACUUGAUCGGUGAGCGCUACUUCAUCAUAAAAUAUAUCAGAAACUGUAUAGAACCCACCAAGGAGCCGAACACCUCGUUACCGCGACAUGUAGCAGCAGCAGCAGCAGCAGCAGCAGCAGCAGCAGCAGCAGCAGCAGCAGCAGCAGCAGCAGCAGCAGCAGCAGCAGCAGCAGCAGCAGCAGCAGCAGCAGCAGCAGCAGCAGCAGAAACAUCGGCGAAUCACGUGGCUGGGCUUUUAG